AUGUUCGGGAAACCAGACAAAAUGGACGUUCGGUGCCACUCGGACGCAGAGGCUGCCCGGGUCUCCAAGAACGCGCACAAGGAGAGCCGGGAGGGCAAGGGAGCGGACGGGAACCUGCCGGCCGCCUUCCUCAAGGAGCCGCAGAGCGCCUUCUCGGCGUCGGGCGCCGCGGAAGACUGCAACAAAAGUAAAUCCAAUUCCUCUGCGGACCCGGAUUACUGCCGCCGGAUCCUGGUCCGAGAUGCCAAGGGGUCCAUCCGAGAGAUCAUCCUGCCCAAGGGCCUGGACCUGGACCGGCCCAAGAGGACGCGCACGUCCUUCACGGCGGAGCAGCUCUACCGGCUGGAGAUGGAGUUCCAGCGCUGCCAGUACGUGGUGGGCCGCGAGAGGACCGAGCUCGCCCGGCAGCUCAACCUCUCCGAGACCCAGGUGAAGGUCUGGUUCCAGAACCGGCGCACGAAGCAGAAGAAGGAUCAGGGCAAGGACUCGGAGCUGCGCUCAGUGGUGUCGGAGACCGCGGCCACGUGCAGCGUGCUGCGGCUGCUGGAGCAGGGCCGCCUGCUGUCGCCGCCCGGCCUGCCGGCGCUGCUGCCGCCUUGCGCCACCGGCGCGCUCGGCUCGGCGCUGCGCGGGCCCAGCUUACCCGCCCUGGGCGCGGGCGCCGCCGCGGGCUCCGCCGCCGCCGCCGCCGCCCCCGGACCCACCAGCGCCGCGUCCCCGCACCCACCGACCGUGGGCGGUGCUCCAGGGCCCGGGCCCGCCGGGCCAGGGGGACUGCACGCGGGGGCGCCGGCCGCCGGCCACGGCCUCUUUAGCCUGCCGGUGCCCUCGCUGCUCGGCUCCGUCGCCAGCCGCCUAUCCUCCGCCCCGUUGACAAUGGCUGGUUCGCUGGCCGGGAAUUUGCAAGAACUCUCCGCCCGAUACCUGAGCUCCUCAGCCUUCGAGCCUUACUCUCGGACCAACAAUAAAGAAGGGGCCGAGAAAAAAGCGCUGGACUGA